AUGGAUGAAAGCAAGGAACCGAGAACCAAGCUGCUUCGUGUCUUGACCGAGACUGGCACGAGCCCAAAAUAUGACCAUGUUUCGCUCCUGAUCACCAGUCGCGACGAGAAGGACAUCCGCGAUGCUAUCGUGGCCACGCAGGCCAUGCGGAAAAGCCAGUUGAUGGACUUGGACGUACAGUCAGAACUGGCCGCUGUGAAGCCUUAUACGGAAUUGUCGAUGGAAAAUAAUUGGGUCAUGGAGGCGAUCCGCAUAUACGUCAAAAAGCAAGUAGGGGCAGGCGAGCUGUUCCAGAGCUGGACGCCGGGAUUCCGAGCGGAAGUUGAGGAAUUGCUCUCCAGAGGUGCUCGAGGAAUGUUCAGAUGGGUCGCGUGUCAAAUUGACAUCCUGAAGCGCCUCUACAUGGACAAGGCACAGGUACGCGAAGUUCUCGCAGACCUUCCAGAAACUCAUUUCGAGACGUACGAAAAGGUGCUCCUGAAGAUACCACCACAGAAUCGCGGCUUCGCCCGGACGGCUCUGGCGCUCAUCUGCAGCCCUCCCUCGAGGAUCCCCAGUGCUGAAGUGCUUGUGCAAGCUUCGCUUCACAAUGUCUUGAGAGGGGAGGUGCAUCGAUAUGGAAUCGAAAACCUGCGAAGGAUUCUCGGCUGUCUGAUCAAGGUGACGGACAUGAAGCGAAAGCCAGCCACUUUGUAUAAGCGCCAUGACGAGGAAUCGGUCUCCAAGAGGGUUGAUGUUGCCCACUACACUGUGAAGGAGUACCUUUUUGCAUCCAGCACGGCCAAGGGGCGAGCGAAGGAGUUCGCCCUGAGUUCUGGUCUUAUUCGGAAGCUAGAGAUGCAAGUUGUCUUCAACAGUCUCCAGCAGUUUGAAGUCAACAGGCGGAAAGGGAUCCCAACCCGAUUUGAGGAGUAUUGCCUGAGUACGGGUGACCGAGCGCUUAGGGAUAAGCGCACCUUCAUAGUCAAGGAAGAAAGCGUUUGGAAAGCGUUGAUACCAUGCCUCGGACCUGGAAGCAUGCAUUUGACCGACUUGCGGAACGCAGGCCAGAGAGCGGCGUUCCCAAGAUGGGCGAUACUCGGCGAUUUCGAAGAGUAUGAGGAGACAGAGCCAGAUCACAGAAAACUGGUCGAGCCGGAGACACGCAUCCUCGUGAGCCUCGUUCUGUUGAGAUGGCCGGAGCUUGCGCAGAAGUUCUUGAAUGAUGAGCAGCUUUUCAAGGAUUUGAGCGUCAACAAGAAGAGGGCGGUAUGGACCGACAAGUUUACCCUGAAGGGAAACUCGCGCCCGGAGACCCUGUUGAGACUCUGCGUGGCAAGGAAACGGGUCGGCUUCCUCGAGAUGUUCAUCAAGGCGGGCGCAACCUUCCACAAAGAGCCUGACAUCAUCUUCACUGCGCUCGAGGACCCCUAUACUGUGGGCAAAGAGGAAAACCCCUAUAGCCCACAUAAAGAAGAGAACAGAGAGGAACGCGAUGACGACGGAACUGUGACGGGCAAACUCCUGAAGCUGCUACUGGAGCAGGGAGCCGAUCCGAAUCCGCCAGGCUAUCGGUUCACCCCACUUCAAGACGUCGUCCACCAUCUUGAGGAAGGUUGGGUGCAGAGUCUUCUCUGCGAGGGCCGCGAUGCUAACGUGACAGGUGACCCUAAUGGUGACCUUCCCUACGGAAACAACGAACUGUGGCAUCGUCAACAUCCACUCAAGAUUUGUCGCACCAUCAGACCGGCAUGGCAAGGAGGCGAGGGUGUGGAAGAUGAAACACACGCGAGCCAGGUGCACGUGAGCCACAGGGCACGUUGCAAGCUCCUUACAUCGUCCGAUCGCCUUGAGACGACACCCGUCCCGGAGGGUGAACCAUUUUUUGCUCUCUCUGGAUAA